AAAAUUACCAUUACAUAUAUACUACUUUGUUUCCACAGGGAGAAAAAUGUUAAAUGAGCUUGCCAUAAAAAGGGAUCAACUGGAGUAGCGUGAGUUAUGCAAACGCAAUCUCUGUUUACCUUUUGAAUACGCGCCUGUGAUUGGCUGCCCAGGCUGUCACUCCAGCCGUGGGCGUGGCCAGCUCACUCCACUCUAAAGCACGCUGCACCCUGAGAGCGCUUCACAACACGGUCGUUUCAUUUAAACCCGCGCUAGGCAUGGUACGAGCCGCACACCGCUGAGUUGUAGAGCGCGAUCAGACGCAGGGCUUCACUGUCAGUCAGCUCUGAUCAUGUGCGAUUGUUAGAGUCAGCAAACUAGACAACAUCUCAAUAGCACUUAUACUCUGUUUCAGGACAGUCAGCUGACUUUGAUUUUGCGAUGGCAGAACCGCAGCAACAGCUGGUCGACAUCGACCCGGAUUUCGAGCCUCUCUCCCGGCCGCGCUCAUGCACCUGGCCGCUGCACCGACCGGAGUUCAGCGAGCCGGGGAGCUCCAACACCUCCUCCCCGGCACCGUCCGUCAAGCAGGAGCAAGGCAUCGUGGACUUUAUUAACAGCCUAAGUUUAUUAGAAGAGACCGAGGACUACCAAGAGGAGAAAUCCGUCCUUUUGAACGACUUACACUGCCAGGACAACUGCGUCCAUCCCCAGCAACAGCAUCCCCAGCAGCCGAAUCCCCAGCUGACGCACCCGCAACAGGUGCCGCCGCUCCCCGCCCCUGCCAGCAGCUCCAGCCCUGCAGCGGCCCAGAGGAAGAGCAGCUCGUCUCGCAGGAACGCGUGGGGGAAUAUGUCAUACGCUGACCUCAUCACCAAGGCGAUCGAGAGCUCCCCCGAGAAGCGGCUCACCCUGUCUCAGAUCUACGAGUGGAUGGUGAAGAGCGUGCCUUACUUCAAAGAUAAGGGCGACAGCAACAGCUCAGCCGGCUGGAAGAACUCAAUCAGACACAAUCUAUCCUUGCACAGUCGUUUUGUGCGCGUCCAGAAUGAAGGAACAGGGAAGAGCUCGUGGUGGAUGCUGAACCCUGAGGGGGGAAAGAGUGGCAAGUCUCCACGCCGGAGAGCCACUUCCAUGGACAACAACAGCAAGUUCACGAAGAGCCGCGGACGAGCAGCCAAGAAAAAGAUGUCGAUGCAGGGUGGACUGGACGGUGGUUCUAACAGUCCUGGUUCUCAGUACCCUAAAUGGCUCGGCAGCCCCAACUCUCACAGCAAUGAUGACUUUGAACCCUGGACCACCUUUCGUACCCGCGCCAGCUCUGAUGCCAGUACGCUAAGCGGCCGUCGCUCACCCUUCCUACCUGAGGAGGACGAGGCGGGUGAGGUUCCCAUCGGGUAUCCAAGCACCAAACUGGGCGGCCCCCUCCCCAGCCUGUCCGAAGUGGCGGGUCACCACGGUUCAGAGAACGUGAUGAUGGACAAUCUCUUAGACAACCUCAACCUCAUCUCGCCCAAAAAUAACACCCAGGGCAGCCAAGAUGCCCAAACUGCGUUGUCUUCGCCCAUGAUGCAGGGUAGCCCUGGGUACCCAUCUUACAACUCCCCCAGUAUGGGUCCCCAGCCACAAGUCCAGCAGGACUACCGGAGGUGCCUGUAUGGACAAGCCAGGGUGGGCGGACAGAGCCCCAUUGCCAUACCGACUUUAUCGGACAGUCAACCAGGAGGCUACGGACCCUUCGUGAGUCAGUACAACUGUGCCGCAGGACUGCUCAAAGAGCUGCUGACCGCAGAGGCCGAUCCAAGAGGAGACAUGAUGCAAACUUUAGAGUCAGUGGGGUCUGGAGAAGGGCGACGGGGGCUACCUAGCUAUGCUAGUCAAGGACAAAUGGGACAGGGGGGCAAAAUGAUCACGCAUCCUCACUUGCAUGGGCAUCCACGCUCGCUUCAUCAAUUGCCAUCACCAGGAAUGGGCAUGAACGGCUGUGGUCUGCUGCCCCACGGGCAUCCUGGUCGCCUCGGUAACAUGAAGCUACAACCACACCUGCCUCAUCAUGCUCAACUGGGAAGAGGCGGAGGCGAAGCCAGGAUGCCAAAUUACACCAAUGGCAACGGUUUCCACAGACACGGACCGGGUCUUCAUCACCAUCACAGCCACCCGGAGCGCCUGCCCAGUGACUUAGAUGACAUGUCGAUCGAGCAGCUGGAGUGUGAUGUAGAAACUGUCCUUCACGACACGCUCAUGGACGGCGAUGCUCUGGACUUCAACUUCGACCCCAUGAACAGUCAACAGAGUUUCCCGCAUGGAGUCAAGACCAAUACGCAUAGCUGGGUAUCGGGAUAAACCCCUUAGCUACUCAAAUACAAAUAGAUUGGUGAGGAAGGCUGUUUUUGAAUUUUUUUGUUUUUCAUAUAAUCAUCAUAACAAGUGUGUGUGAACAUAUAUGUAAAUAUGUCAUAGACAUAUAGCAGGUCAAUCAACAGUUGACUGAAGCAGACUGAAUGCUAUAGGUCAGACCAAAAGGUUGCACAAACAAGAGAGAUUUCAAGCUUACAUUUCCUUCAUGUCUGACUCAAUUAUUAAAAGUCUAAAAUACAAAAAUUACAAGUGAAUACAAAACAAAAGUCAAAUGAAUAAAUAUUUUUUGGCAUCAUUGAAGCCCAUCUCCACACAGUUGUGACUUUUCUUUGCUGUGAUUGUUUCUGUCUUGUAAUUCUUUCUUAUUUUUCUGCAUAUCUCUAUAUACCUUGCAAUUCCAAUUUAGUUUUCUCUUAAUUCUGAGUGUAUCUCUAUCACAAUUUUCUAUAGUUGUGAUUAUAUCUCACAAUUCCGUUUUUUUUUUUACUUUCUCGCCUUUUUUACUGAACUACUUUAUUUCUCAUGGUUUUUACUGAGUGUCUUGCAACUCCAAUUUUUUUUCUCCCAAACCUGAAUUUAUUUCUCGCCAUUGUGACUUUCUUUCUCGUAGUUGUAACUGCAAUAGUUAUUCGUCCGACAUGCAUGCACCACCUCCUUCAUUAUUUCAUGUAGUUGUGACUCUAUUUCUCUCAAUUCUGAAUUUCUAACAAUCGUGACUCGAUUUCUUGUAGUUGUGAGUAUAGAUCUCGCAGUUUAAUCCUCCCGAUUCUGAAUUUAUUUCUCACAAUUGUAACUUUAAGCCUUGAAGUUGUGAUUCCAGUAGAUAGUUAAUUGAAACUGAAAUAUUACCACUGUAUGCAUCACCAUCAACUUUUUUUUUACACUUACUUACUGACAUUUCGUCCGAUUCUGAAUUGUAUUUAUUUCUCACAGUUGCAACUUUAUUUCUCGUAAUUGUAGUUAUUCUCGUAUCUCGUAGAUAUUUCUCUGAACUCUGGCUUUAUCUCUUACCACUGCGACUUUGUAUACUUUUUAUAAAAUCGACAAACUUACUGACAUGACUUUAGUUCCUCAUUGCGGUUCUCUCUCUCUCUCUGAAGUGCGUGCAUGCACCUCAUGAACUGUUUACCUCAGUCAGAACUUCAAGGCCAGUGAACGGUCAUUAUUUACUGAUUUACAGUACAUUGUUCCAGUAGACUCCAUGAUUGUCGGGAAUCAUCAUAAUCUGCUUUUUGCUUGUGGUUAGUCCGAGUGUAAAUAUUGAAACGGGCUAAUCAAAAAUGGUCACGUCAAACACUCACAGACAUUUGAGAUUGUUUUGUAUAUUUUUGCCUAUUUGGUCUUUCAGUUUGGCACUGUAGGUCACUAAAACGAAUUCAGGGCAGAUGUGUGUGUCAUAUAAACUGGAGUGCUGUAUAAUGUCUGGUAUAGUGUACAUUAUGGUUAUCUUUUGUCAUUUCAGGGUGCUGAAUGAAUGUGUUUUGUACAGAGAUGUAUAUUUUUGUUCUUCUGAUGGGAUGGUCAAUGAAAUGUUUAUAUUUGUACAUUUGUAAGCUUCUUGCAGGUCAUUUUAAAUGCUCUUCAGUAACCCCUCCCAGCUUUAAAUGUCUAAAAAAUACUUUAUUGCAUCCUUGUUUGCUGUAUAUAUAUGUAACAGAUUUUCUCAAACUGCUGGAUGAAAUUCUUUCAUUGUAUAUAGCGGACGUGUACUUUGUGCCUUCCACUCUUACAGCCGGAAAUUUCUAACCAAUUUCUGAUUUAAAAUUUUUUAAUGAUUAAAAAAAAAAAUGGCGGAGUGGUAUAACUGUCCAGAUAAUUGCAAAAAGUCUUAACAUUAAAUGCCCAUUUACCUUUUUUUAUUACAUGGGAAAAUCAGAUCAAGUAUAAACCCCAGAAAACUUCAUGAUAUUCAUGAUUCAAACAUUACUAUUUGUAAAAUAAUGACAAUGACAAUAAUAAUAAUAAUAAUAAUAAUUUUUACUUUAGAAAAAGUAUUUGAAAGCAUUUUGUAAUAUUUUCCUUGCUUGUUUCCCCCUCUUUUGUGAUGUUUUUAAAGUAAACAAAUUGUGUAUAUUGAAAUCCACAUUUUGCCACAAAAUCUAUUCAUAAUCUGUUUAACAUGUCAGUUAAACGAUGUCAAAAUGGAUCAAAUUUCAAAUGAGCUGUGCUGAUCACUGGAGGCCACAUUUACUUAAGACUCAUUUUUCAUCUGUUUAGGGCAUCUUAAGAUCAUUUUGCAUUCAUGUAUUUGACAAAUUAUAUGAUCAUUUUGUGUAAUUUAAGAUUUUUCUGCGUGAUUUUGUCUUAAUGUUGUACAUGCGUGCACACACACACACACACACACACUCAUUGUAACU